GUUUUGUUUAAUUUUGCUAUUUUGUACUUUUCUUUGUUCGGACUGUCUGCAGAGUGGUCUCUUGCCAUGGCCAAGAGGCCGCUCAUAUUCUUGCGGCUUCCGCUUCUCUUCCUGAUAUUCUCGAGCUGUGCUUGGGUCGGUAAUGUGGUGGCAGACGGGCCGGCACCGGUUAUUGUGCAGGGGCGGGAUGGCGUUGGAGGAGCGGGAGGGCCCGAGCCGGUAUGGGCAGGGGUGGUCGGAGGGGCGGUCGGCUGGGUGGAGGAGGAUCGGGACGGAUGCCAGGCCAUGAUCACUCCGCCCCCGUCGCUCCUGGGCCGGCAGGACCAGGGACAGAUCCAGGCGCUGAGCGAGCAGCUGCAGCGGAUCAGCGACCAGUUCCGCUCGGUCAGCCAGGCGAGCCAACAGGUGAGCCAGUCCAGUCAGCAGCUCAGCCAGUCGCUCCAGCAAGCCACGCAGCGGCUCAGCCAGACAGAGCAAGAGCUGGCGAGCGCCCGCCUGCAGCAGGGGGCCGCCGAGUCUGCCUCGCGGUCCAUGUCGCAGGCCUCGGCGGAGGCGUCGCGCCGGGCGGACGAGGCGAUCAGGUCGAUAUCGCAGAGCGCCAGCAGCGCCAUCUCGGCGAGCAUGGCGAGCCUCGCGAGCUCCAUGGGCGCCAGCUUCUCGAGCGCCCUCCAGCUGGCAAGCCAGAGUGCGGCCGACGCGUCGAGGUCUGCGGCGAGCGUGGCACAGAAGGCGCAGGAGGACGCCACGGCGCUGAGGGAUGAAGCCAACUCGCAGAUCCAGCGGGCCCAGGGCGCCGCGCUCUCGGUCACACAGACGGCCCUGGCGGUGGUGGGCGGCAUCAUCGGCUCGUCGCUGCUCACCGGCGUCGUCUUCGUGGUCGUCCUCCGCCGCCGGCGCACAAAGCGCCGCCAACGCGACCGCGGGAUGGGAAGCGGCGAGGGCAACGUCGGCAAUAUCGGCCAUCCACCACCGACGGGCACCUCCAACAAGGCCUACUCGGUCUCCUCGGCCAAGAAGGGCUACGCGGCAAGUGACGACGGCAGGAGCAGCAGUAGGAGCAGGAGCAGGAGCAGCAGCAGCACCUACAGUACCGACGCCGACGGGUUCCGGUUCCCUACCGGCGUCCAACAGCCGCCGGCAGCCAUGACUACUGAUACUGGGGGAGGAAUAUCUAGAAAGCGCAUCUCCCCGGCAGCCGCCGCCAGGGUGGGCUACGCGGUCAGCUACUACGGUCUGCGACCCUCCCGCGCAUCCCGCGAGGAGGCGGCGGGAGCAACAGCAGCAGCAGCAGUAUCAUCAACGACAUUCCGGCUCGGAAAACCACCCCCGCCUAGGGGAGCAACAGGAGCAUCAUCGUCGUCAUCAUCAUCACCAUCAUCGUCAUCGUCAUCGUCAGCUUCAGAAGCGAAGGGCGGAAAGUUUACCGUCUCACCCAACUCGGGAUUCAAAUUCAACCUUGAAAACACCCAACCCAGCACUACGCAACAGCAGCAGCAGCAGCAGCAGCAGCAAGAGAAGGAGGAGAAGGAGGAUGAGAAAUCGGGGAAGAGGAGAACCACCGGCUCGGACGGGAAUAGCCAGCCGAGUCUGACCCUGGACCGGUGGUUGCGGGACGGGACGAACGUCAGCCCGUUCCCGAUGCUGAAGGGCAAGGUGAUGGAUUAAAGCCGUGGUGUGGGUGCGGGUGCGCGUGCGCGUGCGUUAAGGCAUCUUAUCCGGGCAGGAUGUGGUGAGGUUUCCAUGGAGACUAGGUCCUGUGUGAUUUUGUAAUGUCAAUAUACCCGAUCAUCUUACGCAUGCC